GCCCUGCUCUUUCCAAGGCCUUGUGAUUACACUGCGACAGAAGAGCAAUCUUCUUUGAAUCACCCCCGCCGAAGAGAUUGGUACGCUCCACAAUGGCGGCCCCUCUGUUCCAACGUGGGUUCCUCCGGAGCAGGAGUGGGAUUAGCCUCUGGCUCAGGGCAGGUAAAAGAUGUAUUCUUUCGUCAGCUUAUGUGGACAGUACGGCGUGGGAGCAAAGAGAAAAAGAACAGCACAGCCUGGCUGAUUUAGCCAAUUUGAUGGACAGCACCUUUGAGAAAAAACUUCCAGUCAGCUCUUUAACUUUAUCUCGGUUUAUAGAUAACGUUUCUUCUCGCGAGCAAGUGGACCAAGCUGAAUAUUAUGUCUACAAGUUUCGUCACAGCCCUAAUUGCUUUUACUUAAGAGACUGGAUAAUCCAUAGUUGGAUCAGGCAAUGCUUUAAGUUUGGUGCAAAGGACAAAGCCUUGUACACUUUACAGAAUAAGGUACAAUAUGGAAUAUUCCCAGAUAAUUUUACAUUCAAUCUUUUAUUGGAUACUUUUAUAAAAGAUGGAAAUUAUGAAGAUGCUAUGGCUGUGGUCACUGAGAUCAUGAUACAGGAAAAAUUUGAGGAAGUGUCUACACAGCUUCUCUCGCUCUAUGUCAUGUACAAAUAUUUGGCAACCAAAUCAGAAUUAACGUGGGAAGAAGAGAAAAAUCUUGGCGCAUCCCUCUUGAUAACAGGGUUGAAACAGAACAACACUGUGGGAUUCAGUUCUCAGCUUUAUGGCCAUGCACUUCUUGGAAAGGGGGAGCUGCAUCAUGGGCUGCGAGCCGUCUACCGAAAGAUGCCCCUCAUGUGGACCCCUGGGUACCUGAACAGAGCCUUGCAAGUGAUGGAAAGUGUGGCCUUGCUUCCUGACAACAAUGUCAAGCUUUGCAAGGAAGCUAUGGAUGUUUUGGCAGCCAUUUUGCAGAAUGUUCCUGUAGCGGAAGCUUCUCAAGAGGACGCCAAGGAUUCGGAAGAAACGCUGAAGCAAGCAGAAUCUGAAGAAACAGAGAUAUCUCGACUGCCUGAGUACCUGCAUCGAUUUACGGAACUGAAUUCUAAACUGCAGUCGCUUGGCAAGGUGGAGUCUGCACCGUUGUUGACACUGACCACCCAGCUUGUUGAGGCAAAGCUGCCAGCACUUGAAGUGGAAGACACUGCAAAAUACAAGCAGAAGCUAAAGGAGUGGGAGCAAGAGCGAGCCGGUCUGAUCGAAAGGGAGAAAGAGCUGAAGGAAAAGGCCAAGAAACAGAUGGAAGCCCGGGAAGCAGCAAAAGCAUCUGCUUAAUAUUCCUGCUUAUAAACUUUCUCAUGUGGCAGAGAUACUCCCGGCAGUGAACAGGAGCUGUUACGAAAUCGUCCAGAAACCAAACUGCCAUGUGGCUUUGACUGUAUUCCAAAUAAACAUUUUCAAAUCCAUCUGACAUAA